AUGUCAUUCACCCUCAACUUCCAGCGCAUCUUCGUGGUGCUGCUGGCAUUCUUCACGCUCGGUCAAUCUCACAUGAUCAUGCGCACCCCCAAGCCAUUUGGCAGCCCUGACAGUUCUCCUCUCGAUCCAUCUGGCUCCAACUUCCCCUGUAAAGGUGGCUCGGGCUACGACUUCUCGAACCCAACUGUCAUGCCUAUCGGCUCGAGCCAGACUCUGUCAUUCACUGGUAGCGCUGUUCAUGGAGGUGGAUCGUGCCAAGUUGCUCUUACGACAGAUCUUGCGCCCACAGCCAGCACCAAGUGGAUGGUUAUCAAAUCAAUUGAAGGCGGUUGUCCAGCCUCGAUAGCUGGUAACUUCCCUGCUGAUCCCGAAGGCACUAGUGCUUCCACUUUCCAGGUCCAGAUCCCUGAUCUUCCCACCGGAAAGUAUGUUUGGGCUUGGUCAUGGCUGAACAAGGUCGGCAACCGGGAGUUCUACAUGAACUGUGCCCCGGUCGAGAUCACAGCUGGUCAACAGAAGCGUUAUGCUCCGCUCGGUGCGGUGCUGGCUCCUCGCGCAGACUCAUAUCCCGACCUCUUUGUCGCCAACAUUGCGAGCAAGAACAAGUGCGUCACGAAGGAAGGCUUCGACUACCUCUACCCUGCUCCGGGGCCCAAUGUGCAGAAGAUCGGCGAAGGGCCUUUCGACCACUAG